GUGGCGCACCGGAAGGUGGUGGCUGGAGCCGAGUGGGGCAGCUCCGUGCUGAGAGCGGAGUUCGGAGCGGCCCGGUCCGGCCCCGCUAUGGGGCCGCGGGUGCUGCCGUUGCUGGAGCCGGGCUGCCGCCCGCAGCCGGGCAAGUGGUACCGGCUGGCACCGCGCGGUGAGUGGCCCCGCGGGCGCGUGGGCCACGGCUGCCUCUUCGUGCCGGGAGGGCCGGGCCGCGUGCUCCUCCUGGGCGGCGCCGACCCCGCGGGCGCUUUCGCGGACGCCCACUUCGUGGAGCUGGGCGCGCACCUCUGGGCCCCGGCUGCCUGGCGCGGACUGCGGCCGCGCUACGAGCACGCCACGUUCCUGUCCGCCUGCCGUCCCUCGCGCCUCUGGGUGUUCGGCGGUGCGCACCGGGCCGGGAACCGAAGCUGCGUGCAAGUGCUGGACCCUGAAAUAGGAACCUGGGAGAGUCCUGAGGUGACAGGUGUUCCGCCGCUGCCCAGGACAUUCCACACUUCCUCAGCAGCUAUAGGGGACUGUCUGUAUGUCUUUGGAGGGGGAGACAAAGGAGCAGAGCCGGUUAAAGACCAGCAGCUUCACGUCUUUGACACAGUUGCUUUGACAUGGACCCAGCCUGACACCCAUGGUGAUCCCCCUUCUCCUCGGCAUGGACAUGUUGUAGUUGCAGUUGGGACCAAGCUUUUCAUACAUGGAGGUUUAGCUGGUGAUAUUUUUUACAAUGAUCUGUUCUGCAUUGAUACAACUGACAUGAAGUGGGUUAGGAUAGCAGCCACUGGUGAUGUGCCAGGAGGACGGGCAUCCCACUCAUCGGCUGUGUUUAAAGACCACUUAUACAUUUUUGGUGGAAUAGGUCCAGAUGGGACGCUAGAUACUACAUACAAGUAUCAUAUAGAGGAGCAGCACUGGACACUCCUGCAGUUUGAUUCUCCUCUACCUGCUGGGAGACUGGACCACGCCAUGUGUGUCAUUCCCUGGCGGGCUGGCAAGAAUGGUAACACGGGAACUGUCACUGGGGAAGAUAAAGCUGAGCCAGCUGCGUCAGCUAGUGACAGGGCUGACCACCUCUGCAGAGGCCAGGCUGAGAAGGGAUGUACUGAAGACACAAUGGUGCAUCUGCUGUUAGUAUUUGGUGGGAUGGAUACACAAGCGGAGAUACAUAGGGACUGCAUUGUAAGUUUGAUUGAAUAGUCCAGCUGCAGUCCUUUGUGGCACCAUCCCUUUCCUUAAAAGUUUUUGUAGCAGUGUCUGAUUAAGUUCAUUUUUCCCAAUAAACAAAUUCUUGCCCUCAUAA